AUGAAAGAUCAUCCUUCUUUUGAGUACCACCAGUGGACUCUUUUGGACCCCAAAAACCCCAAAGACAAAACUUUGAUUGAAGACUACUUCUGCAACUCCGACGAAGUCCAGGGCAGGCCCAUCGCAGACUCCAAGGUCAAGGCAAACGACCAGACCCUCUACGUUUGGAUUCCCGAGCUGCAGCAGAAGACAGAAUAA